CGGGUAUUUUUCACCGCUCGAGUGUCUUCUGUGCACCCGAUCAGCUGUUACAGUCGACGUGGGUGAAGUUGCCGGCUGUAACUUAGCGUCCCACCACUCUGUCUAACCCGAAUUGCCGCCUUUUUGCCAGGACAGCAUGGAGAACCGAAAACGGCCGUUUGAGGUGGUUGUGACCCCCGGUGACAGCUUCCACACGCCGGACAAGAGAGUGUCCGCGGUCCGGCUGCCAGACUCGCACUACAUGCGAUGGGGAGUGGAGGAAACGUGUCGCUACCUGCGAUCAGAGGGUCUCGCUGAAUGGGAAGACACAUUCAGAGCACAAAAAAUCACAGGUGUCGGGCUGCGGUAUCUCAAUGAUGCUGAUCUGGAGAAGAUUGGCGUGCAGUACCUUGGUGAUCGUCUGGCGAUCCUGCACAGCCUCAGGAAACUGUGGCAGAUAGAAGCAGAGCUAAAUAAG